AAAAAAAGAAAGCAAGAAAGACAAGAAAAAAGCCCCGUCACCAUAUCCUUUGCCUGACCUUAGCUGGAAUCGGCGGUUACAUCGGAACCAGUGGCAGUGUCUCUUCUUCCAUUCAAGGAAGUAUAAAAUUUGUGCUUUCCUUUCUUUCCUUGCCUAUUCGGUUCGGAAGUCAACUCACACUCGUUGUUUCUCCCUGAGCAACACUCAAUCCCCCUCUCGUUUACUCCGGUAGUUGCUUUGUGUUUGCUCGAACACUGUCUGUUUGCUUCUCUUCUUUCAUUCAACUUUCAUUGCACUUCGUCGUUUCAUAAAACCAUCCAAUAAUGGAGAGUCCCCGACAGUCUGACGCAAGUACUCCCGUGGAGCUUUAUUCUCCAGAAUGCGUCGAUACACCAGCGACGCAGUCAUCCGUCUUGUUCGAUGGAAAUCUUGAAGAGUUGCUGCGCAACUUCCCCCUGGAUCAAUACAUCCUCGUCACCGGCGGGCUCGGUUUCAUUGGAAGUCACACAACAUUGGAGCUACUCAAGGCCAAUUAUAACGUAAUCGUCAUCGACAACCUUAGCAAUGCUUUCCAGAACGUCUUCGAUCGCAUCAAACUCCUGGCUUCAAAGCACCAUGAGCAACAAGGAACUAAAAUGCCCGAGAUGCAUCUGCAUGCCCAUGAUUACCGCGACAGUGUUGCUCUUCGCAAACUUCUUGAGCAAUAUCAAAUCCAGUCCAGAUGGGGUACACCAAAGACCAAGAUCUCCGGCGUCAUCCACUUUGCUGCCCACAAGGCGGUUGAGGAAAGUAUCAGGAAUCCUUUGAAGUACUACGCAAACAAUGUCAGCGGUCUCAUCGACUUUGCCACGACGUUGGGUGAGUUUGGUAUCAAAACCUUCGUCUUCUCAUCGUCCGCCACCGUAUACGGAACUCUGGCAACCUCCGGUCUUCCCCUCAAAGAAGAGCUUUGUGUUCACAAGGAUGAGAUCUUCGAAGACCGUGACGGCUCCAAGAAGCUCAUGGAGCCUGGAUGCACAGGCAUCACCAACCCCUAUGGACGCACGAAAUGGAUCUGCGAAGCCAUCUUAUCAGACCUCGCUGCCUCCGAUCCAGAGUGGACAAUCGUGGCUCUACGAUACUUCAACCCAGUUGGGUGCGAUGAGUCUGGCCUUCUCGGUGAAGAUCCCAAGCAAAUACCUACCAACCUUCUUCCAGUUGUCGUCAAGGUCAUGACUGGACAGUACAAGGAGCUGCAGAUGUUUGGAACCGACUGGGACACGGAAGAUGGCACAGCUGUUCGUGACUUCAUCCACGUCACCGAUCUGGCUCGGGGACAUAUCGCAGCUCUCAGUGCUGCCAACGAAGGGAAGCUCAAGGAAAACUUCCGCACAUUCAACCUCGGAACCGGUACAGGUCAUUCCGUAAUGGAGGUGGUGAAUACUAUGGAGAGUGUGUCUUCCAAGGAAAUCCCAAGAAGGGCUGCUGACCGCCGCGCGGGCGAUGUCGGUUCCUGCGUUGCUGUGGCCACCAGAUCACAGGAGGAGCUGCAGUGGAAGACAGAGAAGACACUGACCGAUGCCUGUGCCAGUCUGUGCAAUUUCCUAGCUGUCAGCGGACUUUCCUCUUAGGCCGUUGAUCUCCUUUCACCUCAUUGCUUUCUUUCUUCCUUUCCUUUCCUCUUU